AGUGAGUCAGGAUAACUCCCAUUUCCUCUUUCUGUCAGAUACAAAAGCAGCAGCGCUCCGCUGUGAAGAAGUGACCUCAUCAUGGCCAAGCUUACUCUCCUUGCAGGCCUUUGCCUGGUGAUGUGCCAGAUGGGCUCGGCUAUGGACAUGAUCUGUUACUUCACCAACUGGUCCCAGUACAGACCAGGGACAGGGAAGUACAUGCCAGCAAACGUGGACCCCUUCUUGUGCACCCACCUUAUCUACGCUUUCUCCGUCAUCAACUACGCGAACGAGCUGGUCACCUACGAAUGGAAUGACGAGACCCUCUACAAAGAUUUCAACGCCCUGAAGACCAAAAACCCUAGUCUGAAAACCCUUCUGGCUGUGGGUGGGUGGAACUUCGGAACAUCUCAGUUCACCAUCAUGGUGUCCUCACCAGCCAACAGACAGAAGUUCAUUCGGUCCUCCAUCAAAUUCCUGAGGACGCACGGCUUCGACGGGCUGGACCUGGACUGGGAGUACCCCGGAGCUCGAGGGAGCCCCCCGGAGGACAAGCAUAGAUUCACAUUGCUGUGCCAGGAGCUGUUAGCAGCCUACGAGGCAGAGGGGAAAGAAACGCGCCGCCCAAGACUGAUGCUCACAGCCGCAGUGGCUGCUGGGAAGGGGACCAUCGAUGCCGCUUACGAAAUUCCUGAAAUCUCCAAAUACCUGGACUUUAUCAACGUGAUGACCUACGAUUUCCAUGGUGCCUGGGAGGCCUUCACCGGACACAACAGCCCCCUGUACCGUGGGACACAUGACCAGGGAGAUCUCAUUUACUUCAACACGGACUACGCCAUGACUUACUGGAGGGACCAGGGCGCUCCAGUGGAAAAGCUGAGGAUGGGCUUUGCCACGUACGGCCGAACAUUCCGCCUCACAACCACGGACACCAGCGUUGGAGCGGCGGCAAACAGUGCAGCGUCGGCUGGAACCUACACCAGAGAGGCCGGCUUCUGGUCCUACUAUGAGAUCUGCACCUUCCUCCAAGGAACCAGUUUACAGUGGAUUCAGGACCAGAAGGUUCCAUACGCCACCAAAUCAAAUGAGUGGGUCGGCUUUGACACACCGGAGAGCUACGAGACCAAGGUCCGCUACCUGAAAGAGAAGAAUAUUGGAGGGGCGUUUGUGUGGGCUCUGGAUCUGGAUGAUUUUACGGGACAGUUCUGUGGGAAGGGGGUGUACCCUCUUAUGAGCCAGCUGCGCAAGCUGCUUAAUAUUGAACUGCCACCUCUGCCCCCCACCGCCAUCCUUCCACCUGGAGUGACGACCACAACCAAGGCCACCCCAGCCACCACGACUAGAACCACCACCACCACCACCACCACAACAGUGCCCCCUGGUAGUGGUUUUUGUUCUGGAAAGCCUGAUGGACUGUACCCGAACCAGAACAACCCGAGUAGUUUCUACCAGUGUGCCCACGGGAUGACCCAUGUCCAGCCUUGCAGUGCUGGCCUGGUCUACAGCGACUCCUGCAAGUGUUGCAUGUGGCCUUAGCCUCCACCACAUCCCGAUCGCUAGUGAAUGUCCAUUAAGACUUCUCAGGCUUAACAGGUUCAACAGGUGCUUUAAUGCAGAUUGUCUUUUUUUACAUUGUAUCCAUUCAUACAAUUGGAUAUGUACUGAGGCAAUUCAGGUGAGCCCAGUUCCAUAACCAUUAUAUUGG